AUGCUCGGCCUCAACUCCGGCUCGGACCUCGUGCACGCCAAACCCAACCUCACCAGCCUCUCCAUUUCCCUCCCGUCAUACUCCCCACCCAAUCUCCAAUCCACCAACUCCUCAUUCCUCCGCACCCUCCCCACCAACAUCACCUCCCGUUCCCGAAAGUCCACCGCUGCCCGCCCCGUCACCACCUCAAGCACCACCACCCCGAAGCUGUACACGUCAGCCGCCGCUGUCGCCUCCCCGGACUCCAUGUACUCCGGCGACAUAUACCCAAAAAUCCCCCGAACCGACUUUUUCUUCUCAUCCGCCGUGAUGAUUUCAUGUGGCCCUCCGUGCUCGUUCCUCGUCAGGAACUCGGCAAGCGCGAACGAGCCGAGCCUCGGGUUUGCUUCCCGGUCGAGCAUCACUGCGGAGGAGGUAGCGGAUUGCGGAUGCGAGGGACUUGACGAUGUCGUACCUCUGGCGCCAGCUCAAACGGGGGAGCGUGUUCCUGAGGACGCGGCUCGGCGAGUAGUCGUACACCACGAGCAUCUCCCCGCGCUCGGUGCACCACCCGCGGAGCUGCGCGAGGUUCCUGUGGCGGAGCCUCCCCACGUUCCGGAGCUCGUCCGCGAACCGCAUGCGCAGGGCGGGACACGUCUUCAUCCUGAGCCUCUUCACGAUGAUGUGGCGGCUGCCUUCGAGGAGGCCGCGGUAGGCCGUUCCGAAGUCGAUCUCCGCCAACCGGUGGGCGUCUGA